UCACUCUCGCUCACUCUCUCACUCUCUGACUCUCUGACUCUUUUCUCACGCCCUCUCAGCUCCGCCUCUGGGUUAAAAGGAAUGCAGGGCUUGGCUGGCGGAAAAAAAAAGACUGGAUGGGCCCGUUGCCCGGAUUCUACAAAAGUAGACCAUAGUGCCCCCGUUGGUUAGUACUAAGUCUAUUACUCUAUCUACGCUGUACGCUGUACUGGGCUUUAUACCGUUGUACCCCAUAUUGCUCCCCUUUCUCCUCUCCUCCUCCGCCCCUCCCUCCACACCCCCCUCCUCUUCUCCCCUCCUUCUAUCGAUCACAACCCAUCUCUUCCUCCCGAUCGGCCGAUAUGGAAAUUUCUCGAGUUUUAAACUACGUGGACGAGGCUCCUCGAUGGGUAGGAUCAGGUAGGGAGGAGACCAGAGAACCACCACAACUACAACAACAACCACCACAGCAACAACUCCCAACACCCCCAGCAGACAUCCGACCAUCGCCAGACUCCACCAAUCACUUUUCCUCCCCAUCCUGUUCCGCAGAAGAACCCUCCCCUCGAACCACCACCCACACUGCCCUGAAUCCAGCCCCCCCGCAUCCUAUCCUCCGCAACAAACGACCCAUCCCCCGACAGGCCGGCCGUGGAUACGCCCCGAAAAGCCGAGCCGCGCUGGCGUGCAACUCGUGUCGACAGGGGAAGUUCAAGUGCACGGGCGAGAAGAACCAAUGCCAGCGGUGUGCCAUGCUGGGCAAGCAGUGCUGGUAUCCGGCGCAUAAGCGCGAGCGAAUUCAGAGGGAAAUGGAUCAAUUGGUCACCGAGGCCAAUGAAUAUCGGUUAAUGCUGGAGUUGCUCCUGUCGCGCGUCAAUAAGGAGGAUGCGGAGGAUAUAUCCGCUCUGCUGUUCAAGUACGAGAAGUGAUGGGGAGGUAGUGUAUCAGUGCAGUUGACUGCAUUUCGACCCUUUCCACUCGUCUGCCAGUUGGUGACGACAGGCGAUCAUCUCCCACCUGCAGAAGACCAUUUCUACUUUCCCAGCGGGCAACCCGAAAUGAGCGACCCCUUCCCCACCUCCUGAUGGGAUCACUUCAGCUGCUUUGGUCGCAGGUAGCAGAGACUGGGUCUAGGUAUGUAGCGCUCGGGUUUGAAAAGCUGGCAUUUUUUUUUUCUCUUGCCUUUUUGUCCUGCGAUUUGUAUUCCAAAUAUAGAGAUACCCUUCCGACGAGGAAAACCACCAUCAAUCAGAUAUUCAACCAAUGCACGC